AUUUUACCAUAUACAUGAAUGAAAAUUACUCUUGCGGUAACAAGAGAACAAGAUGCUGAAGGGAUUUACCCACUCGAGCACUAGUCCUCAGUUGUGUAGCCUUUACUUCAAAGGUUUGGUUGGGGAUGACUCAUUGGCUGGAUUUGGUGUUGCAAUUUGCGGGCAUAGAGAUGAUAUCUUGUUUCAGCUGAAUGGACCAAUUCAUGGCUCGGAUAUUACAGUUUUAGAGGCUGAACUUAUAGCAUUGAAGCGAGGACUAACGGAAGCUGCGGGUUUGGGGAUCGAUCAUAUCUCGAUUUAUUGUGAUUAUUAUCCCAUUUACGAAUUAAUUUCAUUUUCGGGAAGAUUCGUGACAGAAGAGAAUAAGAUUGCCUUACUAAUUAAUGAUGUGAAACGAAUAAGAGAAGGAUUUAAGUCGAGCUUUCCGAUUUUUGUAGCCGGAAACAGUAUUAGAUAUGCUUAUGAACUAGCAAGGGCGACAAUAGUUUCUGAGAUAAGAAGACAUGUGGAUCCUCCUCGCUACGUCAAGCUGGCUAAGAAAAGUACUUGUCCUAUCUGUUUCGAUGAUGAUUUAAAAGCUGAGGAAAUGUUUUGUGUUGGAAAAUGUUGUCAUCUAUAUUGUUCUGAGUGCAUGAAACGACAUAUAGAGGUGAAGCUACUUGAGGGACGUGUGCCGAGAUGUCCUCAUUAUGGCUGCAAAUCGAACAUGACUCUUGGAAGCUGUGCCCAUCUUUUGACACCUAAAUUAAGAGAGAUGUGGGAAAGAAAUAUCAAAGAGGACUCAAUUCCUGUGUGGGACAGAUUUUAUUGUCCAAAACCAAGUUGCUCGGCUUUAAUGUCGAUAACCGAGCUCUCCAAAUGGGCUAGAGAAGCUGAAGUUAGGAGAUGUUGUUGCAUUAAAUGUGGUGAAUCCUUAUGCAUCAACUGCAAAGUUCCAUGGCAUAAUAACUUGUCAUGCAACGAGUACAAGAGAUUGCAUCCAAAUCCUACAGAAAAUGAUGAGAAGUUCAAAGAUUUGGCAAAUCAGAAAAUGUGGCGUCAAUGUGGAAAGUGCCAACACAUGACCGAACUUUCGGAAGGAUGCAUCAAAGUAACUUGCAGGUAUCAUCUAUAGAAACACAUCAUAUGUUAUUAUGAUUCUUUUGGAAUUUGGUUAUGUUUUUGCUUAAUUAAAACACAUUGUAAUGUCCAUGGUUGAUGUAUAGAUGUGGCUAUUCGUUUUGCUACACAUGUGGAGCCGAAUGGAAGCGAGGAGGUUGCCCUCAUCGACAAAGGAUGCAUACAGCGUUUACUAUUGUAGUUUGUGUUCUCGUUUUAAUAAUUCUUUUGUUCUUGUUAGCGUAGAUUAAUAACAUAAUCGGUUUUGU